AUGCAUGUGGGAUACCUUUUGGAUAAAGAAGGCAGCAUGUAUCACCAAGGACCUGUAAGACGAUCGGGCAUCAACAUCCCACCACAGAACUUUGUUCCCACGCCACAAUAUUCCGACUUUACUGGAUACCAUCAUGUGCCAAACAUGGAUACGCACGCACAGUCUUCGGGUGCUUGGGGAGCUCCUUAUGGCGCACCGAGAGAGGACUGGGGCGCCUAUAGUCUGGGUCCUCCUAACACUAUUCCUACGCCCAUGAACAACUCCUCGCCGGGACAAGUUUCCUAUUGCUCACCUGAAUACAAUCCCAUGCACGCGCCAGGGUCAGCAGUAUUGCAACCACCUCCAGAUAAUAUUUCUGUGGCUCAACUUUCCCCGGAUAGAGAAAGGCGCAAUUCUUCUUACCAGUGGAUGAGCAAAACGGUACAAUCAUCUUCCACGGGCAAAACAAGGACGAAGGAAAAAUACAGAGUGGUUUACACCGAUCACCAGAGACUGGAACUGGAGAAGGAGUUCCAUUUUAAUCGUUACAUCACUAUCAGAAGGAAGUCAGAACUUGCGGGGAACCUUGGCCUUUCAGAACGACAGGUGAAGAUCUGGUUUCAAAAUCGCCGAGCCAAGGAAAGGAAAUUAAUCAAAAAGAAAAUGGGAUCUGAUGGCAGCGGAGGAUCAGUGCACAGUGACCCGGGUUCAGUGAGUCCUCUGCCGGUACCAGGCUCACUCAGUCCGUCGGAUAUUCACGGCUCUCUCUACCCACCCCCCGGAAUGAACACCUUGGCAUCUAUUAGGAACAUACAGCAAGUUACUGUCACUCAGUAG